ACCUUAUAAAUCGACUUCAAGCUGAUAUUGGCUUAACAGUUCUGAGUUCGAUUUUUUGGUAACCAUGGCGUUGCUUCGUUUAUUAUUAUCGCUAAGGUUAGGGGAAUUUUUUUGUUUAAACCUCAACGUUGCCCGAUGUGCAGCACUUUGGAAAAUAAGUCAAACCAAAGCGAAGAUGAGCUUGACGAUAAAUUAACCCAAGAAGAGUAUAAACUCUUGUGGCCCGAUUUCGUGUCGCGAAUUUCCAAUCCUACCGUUAACAGCGUUCAACUUCAUUGGUCUUUAUUAAAAAAUGCCUCGGUAUACUGUAUUGAUAAGUUCCAUAAAAGACUUGGCUGGUUACAGUUGGAUUGGACUUCCAGUUCUCCCAUAACAGUUACAAAUCUGGAAGAAAACUUCGGAUACCGACUACGCAUAAAAGCGCUGACAGUUUCUAAGGAUGGACAUUGUUAUGUGCCUUUGGCUAUCUCACCUGAAAUAGUUGCUUGCACGGCUGCAGCACUCCCAUCUACACACUGCUUAAGCCGAGCCAUAAGAAAAGGGCAGCAAUUCCUUGUUAAAAGAAUGCUGCGUCGUCGCCCGAGCCUAAUGGAAUAUCCGGCUUCCAACGGAUUCCUGCCACUUGCCAAUGCCAUUAUUCAGGGCGAGAUGUGCAUCAUUGACUUGCUGCUCUCGGCCGGUUGCAGCGUCCACAUUGGAGAUCCGGGAAGCGGCCGGACCCCGCUGCACCUGGCUUUUUACUACGGUCACCUGCCGUCCGCUCGCAUUCUGCUGAACAAGAAGGCCCGCCUGGAGGCGACGGACAGUAACGGCAUGACUCCCGCCCACUGCGCCGUUGAUGCCAAUCAACUGGAAAUAGUCAAGUUCGCUCUCGAAGCGGGAGCGAAUGCUGAGGCCAGAGACGUCUGCGGCUGGACCCUUCUUAUGCGCGCAGUGGUUAUGAACGCUAGCAUGGAGCUCAUCAAAGUCCUUGUUACGCACGGCGCAGACUUGGCGGCUUUGGAUGGUGUUGGCAAAACUUGCACUGACUUGGCGAAACUUUAUCACAGACAGGAGGCAAAGGAUUACUUUGACGAGGUGCAAAAGUUUAGGCUGGAGAAAUCAGUCGCGACCGCAGACGCAGUGACUGCAAUAACGAGGUACACCAAAGAAGUUUGAGGAACAGUGGUGGAUUUCAAAGAAGAAAAGGACUCUGGCACGGUUCAUGAUUAAAGCCCACGUGACUAAGUCAUCCAAUAACGACAUUAAUCUUAAGGUGUAUUUAGUAUUUCGCUUGAAACCCCACAAUGGCCUACAGUUUUACCAACAAAGCCUGCAGAUCGCUGUAAAUUAAAUUUUUACUAAAGGUAUCAAAAGACUAAGGUCGCUAUGAAUCGUUGAAAAUAUCCAAAAUGGCCAGAGUUUGGAUCAAUGAAAUUCGUUUAGUGUAAAUUGAAUAAUACCAUUUACUCGUAGAGUACAAGUGUACACUAGAUUCAUUGCAAUAUAAACUCCGAGAUCUC